GUAGCUGACAAAAGCCAACAGAGUAUUUCCUAAGACCGAUCGGAGUGGAACUACGAGUAAUCACGAGCGAGUGUACAAGACUGGAGGAUCCGAAGCGGCUGUAAGGAUCGAAGUGGGGUACUGAGUCGAUCUAAGAAACCGGCGCAGCUAUAAAGACACUAAUACCCACGUCGGUACUGUUCAGCUACACUCAUCGGAUCUACUACAACAGUCAGUACAUCUUCUAAACAUCAUCAUGCCUGGCGCAACCGCUAUCGUCCUCUACCCUCGCAAGGAGGGCUCCACUUUUGACAAGGAGUACUAUCUCAAGACACACAUGCCCCUCGCCAUGAAGCACUGGGGCCCACACGGUCUGAAGUCCUACGCCGUCAGCGAACUCAGUGCCGAUGGCCCAUACUCCAUCUCCUCCGUCAUGGAGUUUGACAGCCAAGAAGCUGUUGGAAAGGCUAUGCAGGAUCCAGGAACCAAGGAGAUCAUGGACGACGUAAAGAACUUCACCAACUCAGAACCCAUCUUGGUUCACGGCAACAUUAUCGGAACGAGUUAAGCUUGGAACCAAAUGGAAGAAACGUCGGCCGAUGAUGAUGAGUGAUGGAUACGAUGACGGGCCUCAUGCAGGGCGAGUAGUGGAGACGGACGUGGGAUGAGGUUAGCGGCGUGAAAGCUGCAUGGAGGGGUAGCUUCGUAGCUGAGAUGCCCCGCACUUCGUCCUCCCGAGGCAUCUCACAUCCACUCACGAAUACAUGCUCCAUCUUGCUCGCAUCCUUAGUCAACCAAAGUGAUUCCAGACACUCUACUGAUCAUGAUAAUUCUAGUGGAAGUUCGCUAGUAUCAGAGUAUGCCUGUGG